UAACAAGUGAGAAGAGGCGUUGGCUCUGGUCACAAACAGCACAGGGAGAGCAGCAGCCUGCAAGUCAGAUGGCUGAGAGAAAGAGAAAACAUGACUUGUGGCUGAUUCAGCGCUAAAUGACAGAUGGAGAGGAAAAAUGUAGACAGGAGUGACAGCAUGUCGCUGUUAGGUUAGCUCGUGUCAGACUGUGUGUGGUUCUGCAUGCAGACACAGACACAGACACACGGGGCCGUCAAUGGAACUGUCAAAUGAUCCAAGGUCGAGGGGGCAUGAGGAGGUACCCCCAGGCCUGCUUUCCGAUCUGUCCCACGUGAAAAACAGCAGCUUCAGUGCUGCCCAACAACAGGGCUACUCUGCAACCAUCUUUCUGCGCCGCAAAGACAAAUUGGAGAAGACACAGCAAAAGUGCAUCGCCAUCUUUGCCCUGCUGUGCUGCUUCGCUGUGCUAUUGGUGCUGAUCUUCUCUUCCGUUGACAUUUGGGGGGAUAGCGAGGAUGGAAUCACGGAGGAGAACUGCCACACUGACUGCCGCAUUGUCCUUAUGGAGACAAUCCCAGCAGAUCUCAAUCAGCACAUUGGACCCUACCUCUCACUCUCAGAUGGCUUUCACACCCUGCUGGACCAAGCAAAGCACUCAGUCCAAGUGGUGUCACCGGUCUGGAAUUUGAGGCCAUGGGACCCGGACACCAUGCCAAGUACAGCCAGACAGGGUCAACUUUUAUUUCAGAGAUUGCUCAGUUUGAAAUCUCGUGGAGUCAAACUCAAGAUUGCCAGCAGUCUGACUAACUCUGCAGAACAGACAAUUCUGGCAGCACACAAUGCAGAGGUCCAUUUAGUUAACAUGUCAGCUUUUACCAGAGGGGGCCUCCAUUCCUCGUUCUGGAUCGUGGACCGAACACACUUUUAUGUCGGUAGCGCUGAUAUGGACUGGAGGUCAUUCUCUAAGAGGAAGGAGCUGGGUCUGAUGGUCUAUAAUUGCAGCUGUCUGGCGCUGGACCUCCACAGAGUCUUUUCUUUUUACUGGCAGCUCCACGAGAGGGACUAUAUCCCCUCCAUCUGGUCUAAGAGAGUUACAGCCCUCUACGGGAGACACCAGGCCCUGGAACUACAACUCAACAAUACCCCUGCAGCCGCGUAUAUGUCCUCCUCCCCUGAUCUCUUCUGUGCAAAAGAUCGCACUAGAGAUGUGGAUGCCAUAUAUCAUGUCAUGCAGACUGCCAAGACAUUUGUCUUCAUUUCCGUGACGGACUACCUCCCUCUGGUGAGCAGGCGCUUCAGAGGAAACUUGGUCACCAGGUACUGGUCCCACCUUGAUGAGAUGAUUAGAGAGGCUGUGGUUCUGAGAGGGGUCAAAGUUCGCCUGCUGAUAAGCUUCUGGAAGAACACUCACCAGCUCACCUUUAACUUUGCCACCUCUCUCAGGUCACUGUGCAUCCACCUGUACAACUGUUCGCUGGAUGUGAGAUUUUUCAGUCACAAGCAGCAGAUGGACGACAUUCAACAUGGACUUAAUCACAACAAGUACAUGGUGACCGACAACGCUCUUUACGUUGGGAACCACGACUGGGUUGGAAAUGAUUUUUCUGAUAAUGGCGGAGUUGGGCUGGUGGUCCAGAUGAAAAACCAGGGAGGGAAACUCAUGGAACAAGUCAAAGCUGCCUUUGAAAGAGACUGGAUGUCCCCUUAUUCUAAACGCCUGCUGGGAAACAAAAAUCAAGAAAGCAAAUACAGAAAUCCACACCAAGUGGAGACUCUGAAGGAACAUGAAUGGAAUGACCCUUUAUCUUUAUAAACAAAGACUGCAUUUCAUUUCUAUAACUUCUAUUUAAUGUGCUCAUUAUUACACUUUAUAUAUCCGCACUAUGCACUACUAUAUAUGGAUUAUACUUGACUUUGAUUUUCAAAUGUUAACCAGUAUGUAAUCAUCUUGUUGACACUUGUUGUCAGUCAUAUUGGAAAGCAAUGCUGCAUGAAUAUAAAUAGAUGGUAUACAGCAGAGGUGUGGACUCAAGUCAUGCGACUUGGCCUCGAGUCAGACUCAAGUCAGGACCUGACUCCGACUUUAAUCUGAUGACUUGAAAAUACUCAAGACAUUUUUAGCGAAUAUGUGGAGUAAAAUGUGUCCCCAUUCAAAGUAUCCCCUUGUUUAUCACAGGGGAUAGGUUCUCAUAACAGCCUGCAAUAGGUGAAAUCAGUGAAGUAGCCAACUUCAUUUGUUUACAAUUAUCAUAUGUAUGUUUACGACAGUAAAAUCCCUGAAAAUACACUUCAUAGCAUUAACAUUUUGACGGGCAUUAACAUUUUCUUUCAUGUUUAAACACUCUCAAAGUUCAAGUUUCGUUUGAAAUGUAAUAAUCAUUCUACUAGGUUGGACACAAGACAUUAUUAAGUGACUCAGGCGUAUUUAUUACUCUUACCAUCGUUAUCCUCCUCGUCGUCCAUUUAGCUUGCUAGCUGCGGCUUCAUUUUCUUCUUCUAUUGUUUAUUGGCGGUUAGCAAGAAGUUCACACAGAUAGUUUGCUAGCGGCACCCAAGAGAUUGAUUGGCAAUGGUCUAGAGCCAAUCAAGACGCAGAACACAAUGGAGGCGUUCUCUCUUAGCCAAUCAGACUGUCGCGGCUCUAUAUUUUGGCUAUUGACUACUGUGGGUUCCUAAUAUGCCCCUAAGCAGUGCUUCUCUGAAUGAUUUUCUGUACCCUCCUAACAGUCCCCCAAACCACCACCAGGGGGAGGCCGCCCCACUAUCAUGUAAACACAUACUGAGAGAAGUGGAGCUGAGUAUACAACACCCUCUACUGGUAGCAGUAGUAAUACAAUAACAGACAUAUACAACAGAGCGCCGAUAGAUACACGAAGUGUUGAACACUAUGCACAUUCAUUCGGUGUUAAAAAAAAAUAAAAUUAAAAUCCGCGAAAGGUGAACCGUGAUGUAUGACUUCAUCUAUGAAUGUUCAAUCAGGUUUAAGAACAAACAAAUACACACACACUGGUAAAAUAAAACAAUUCAAAAUGCAUUCAUUGCAUUUGUCAACUUUAAUAGAUUGUUACGUUAACAUUGAAUCUUAUUUGGGAGGCACUAAACUUAUGUAAGGGCUUGAAAAUUUCAAGCCACUGACUUGGGACUUGACUUGAGACUUGCAUGUUUACACUGGUUUAUAAUAUAGUAUAAUGUGGCUAUUUAAAACAAUAUAUGAAAUAUUCAACCAAAUAUAUAUGCAACUACUGUACAAGUACAAUACAAGUCAAAUCUUUUUUUUUCUGUAUGUGACUUUUGGAUUGAUAAAGUGGGA